UUGCAGGCAGACUGCCCUAAAAUGAAGGAGAAAAGUUGAUUCAGAGAACAAAGUUGAAAUAUAGUAUUCUGGUUAUUAGAAAACCCUUUCUGAACAAAUUGUUACACUUUCAAAAAGCAAGCCUACUUUACUCUAAAAUGAUACUAAAUUUUGGCAAGAUAUUUGUAAAACAAAAUUGUACAAUUCAAAUUGUAAAACAAUUCGAAGAAUUUGCCUUCCUGUAUCUUACAUCAUGCAUCGAAAAUGAAACUUACUGAAGGUGCUCUGAAGCCUUGUUUCGUUUAUAAGGAAAUCUUGUACCUACGCAAAAUGGCGCAGAAACGGCAAGCUUAUAAGGAUGGGAGCCAGCACAGCCAUCUUGGCUUUUACAGUCAUCUUUAUAUUAGUAAUGAUACAGAGAUGUCCUGUUGACUCAAAAAGAUACUGUUCAUUUUUCUACUUCUAUUCAAAAGCGAAAAAAGACUGUGAACUAUGCACUGACUACUGCCGACCAGGCACUGGGUUAAUUAGAAAUUGCGGUUAUAACGAAUUCGGCAACAGAAUCUCGCCUGCUUGCUCUCCUUGCAAAGAAGGAUACUUCAACGUUGCUGCCCAGUUCCCUUACAUAUACAGACCCUCACCCCCUUGUCAGCGUUGUAAACAGUGUUUCCCUGCCUCCAGAACAAAGAUUGCAUGCACUCCGACAAGAAAUGCUAGAUGUGGACGUUGUCCGCGAGGAAUGUAUAAACAGAGAGACGGACAUUGUUACAAAUGCAGCUACUGUUGCGAUGGGAUGUUACAAUCAGGCAUGAAUGUAGUCUCCGGUUGCAGAAGGAAGGGCAUGGGCCGUUGCUCUUGCACUGCCGAUACAAAGUGUUUCCAAGCAACAGAUAACAAUAAACAAUGCGAUGCUUUGAGGAUGAAAAAAAGAAAAAGAACAUUUUAGUUUAAAUUUUUUACAUUACCAAUAAACCGACAAAAUUUUGUUAUUAGGUGAAGUAAGGGCUUUUAAUGAUGUCUUUAUUUAGUAGUUGGCAAAAAAUUAUCGAGACAAGUA